AUGUCACACAUGGCCAUCAUUCAAGAGGCGUUCAUCUCGAACGAGAUCCACGAGCUCAAGGCAGAAGCUAAUCGCAAGUUUGCUGCAAAGGAUUACGAUAGCGCCCUGUCCAUCUAUCUCGACAUUCUUGCAAAGCUGCCCACGCGCGAACUUGCUCCAGCUACAGUAGCAGCAGAGCCAUCUGAUGAUCCCCAGGACAGUCUGAAGGACUUGGCUCAAGAUGACUUUCACGAUGCUGUGAGCGAGACCGACACAGCAUCACGGCCAACACCAUCUUCGAUCGCAUCGCCCUCGUCCGAAACAGCCGAACCCGAGACAGAAGAACAAGAGCAAGUCCGUCUCUUCCGCUCCGUCAUCUAUGCCAACAUUGCCGCCAGCCACUUGCGCCUGGAACAGUAUCGCGAUGCCGUCAAAGCCUCCAAUCAGUCGCUGCUCGAUCAGCCCAACUACGUCAAGGCGCUCUAUCGUCGUGCACAGGCAAACGAACACAUCGGUGGUUGGUCCGGUCUAUCCUCGGCCCUCGAAGACAACAAGCAGCUCCUCACCUUACCCGACCUCCCACCGCCCACAAGGUCCGAGGUUACUGCAUCAAUAAAACGCCUGGAACCACAGGCACAACAAGCGGCCGAAAAGGAAAAGGACGAAAUGAUCCAAAAACUCAAAGGUCUCGGCGAUAGCAUCUUGGGCAAUUUUGGUCUCAGCACAAGCAACUUUCAGUUCACUCAACAGCCCGGUGGCGGCUACUCGAUGAACUUUGUCCGCUAA